AUGGAUUUGUCAAUGUUAACAGCUACGCAGAUAAUUGUCACCGCUAUGGUGUGUCUCUUGGCGUUCGUUUUUCACAAACGCACACACAAGAGGUCAGGGAAGAACCCAUUACCGCCGGGACCAAUUGGGUUUCCAGUUGUCGGAUACAUUCCAUUCCUGGACAAGGAAGCUCCGUACAAGAGUAUGACGGACUUGGGAACCAAGUACGGAGACGUGUUCAUGCUGCAAAUGGGAAGUCGUAACGUGGUGGUCUUACUCAGCUACGAAGCUAUUAAAGAGGCAUUCAUAACGAAAGGCGAUUCGUUUAAUGGCAGGCCCCGAAUGGUACUUUCUGACCUAUUUUCAGCAGGCAGGGGUAUUGUUUUCUCCACAUUCAACGAAGCUUACAAGGAGCAGCGUAACUUCGCCGUUUCUGGUCUCAAACGUUUUGGGUGGGGUUCUUCGGCAUUUGAAGUUAACAUAAUUCGGGAAGUGAAUGGUUUGAUCGAGACGUUCCAACAUUUGAAAGGCAAACCUUUUGAUCCAUUCCACUACGUCAGGAACUCAGUGUCUAACAUCAUAUGUUCCCUCAUCUUUGGUAGGCGUUUUCAUCCCGAUGACCGAGACUUCCGUAACCUUCUAACCACUCACUACCGUAACAUGAAGUACAGUGGGUCUGCCGCUGCUGUUAACUUCUUGCCAAUUUUGCAGUAUCUCCCAUUCGGUAAUUACAAGAGGGUUUUAGAGAACCACAUGUACCUCCGCGAUUGCCAGACAGCGAUGAUUGACAAGCAUAGACAAACGCACAACCCAAAUGAUAUACGUGACUUUCUCGACCUGUAUAUACACGAGAUCGAUACCCGGCACCAGAAGGGUCAGUCAUCUUCUUUUGAUUAUGACAACAUCCGCCGAGUUGCCAACGAACUUUUCACACUAGGCACUGAAACAACAUCAACCACGAUACUCUGGUCUUUGCUGUACAUGAUAACAUACCCGGAUAUACAGAGACGAGUUCAGAAAGAACUAUUUGAUGUCCUCGGUGACAGACUCCCAACAAUUGAUGACAAACCCAAGUUGCCUUACGUUGAAGCAACCAUCCUGGAAGUUCAACGAAGUGCUUGUGUCGUGCCAUUGACUGUGCCUCACUGUGCAAUGGAAGACACACAACUGCAUGGUUACCACAUCCCCAAAGACACCGUCAUCAUGGCUAACCUGUGGUCAGUCCUGCAUGAUCCUAAACACUGGCACAACCCCGAUGAAUUCAGACCAGACAGAUUCUUGAAUGAUAAAGGGGAAAUUGAAAAACCGGAAACCUUUAUUCCCUUUAGUACUGGUGCCCGGAUGUGCUUGGGUGACCAGACAGCGAAGAUGGAGUUGUUUCUCUUCUUCUCCUGUCUCAUGCAGAAAUUCAGCUUCAGCCACCCCGAAGGGACUCCGUAUCCAAGUUUGGUAGGGAAGACUGGAAUCACUCGUAGCCCUAAAUCUUUCGAAGUGUGCGCCGUUGAUAGGGAGACGCAAGAUUCGGAGACUGAUAACGCGUAA